CAUCAUCUGACGCAAUUUGGGAAGGACCCCGUUAUAAACUCCAGACGUUGACUGCUGCUCCGUCCGUACACACCGAGACCAACGACGUCUUCCACUGAGCCCCUAAACCACAAGCAUGGAAGAGCUGCCUGCUCCGGUCCGUUCAUCCCCAAAUUGACCAAUCCAAGGAAACCUGAGGUGCAUUGACGUACCGCUGAAAAGAGGUAAGAGUGGCAUCUACAUCAAAAGGAGACUCCGUUGACAUAAGAGGAAGAGUAAAAUCAAUCCUCCAGCUGAAAGCAGAGCGGAGAGCUGCUGAGGGGUCUUCGCUCUGGGAGACUUGACAGUGCCUGAGACAUAUGGAUGCUCUUGAGGGGAUUCACAGAGUCCAGCUUUCCUCUUCGCCACCUGCAUCCGUGGGGAGCCCAGGGUAUAAAGUCCUGAGGGCAGGGAGAUCUGGCAUAGCCGUAUAUUCCUCUGACAGCUUCUUUGGAAAACCCAGUGUCCCGGGACAGCAAGCGGACAGACAGGCAGAGAGGGGAAGUGAAAAUGAGACGUGUGCCGUUGGAAGGUUGGUAGAUCUGGAUCCAGAUCCGGAGCCCAGAGUGGAGGGGGUUGGCCAGACUACUAAGGCCAUGCCUCAGGCUGAGGGGGGCUCCUCCACAUCUGCCAAAGAUCACGACGGCGUCUCUCGCCUGCGGAGCUCCUCCCUGGAAAUCCGAGAGAAGGGCUCCGAAAUCCUCAGGGAACAGCUGGAUGCCGCCAAGAGGGAGCUGAAGCUUAAAGACAAGGAGUGUGAGCGUCUCUCCCAGGUCAGAGAUCAGCUGGAGCGCGAGCUGGAGGAGCUGACAGCCAGUCUGUUCGAGGAGGCUCACAAGAUGGUGCGAGAAGCUAAUGUCAAACAAGCGGCAGCGGAGAAACAGCUGAAGGAGGCCCAGGGGAAGAUUGACGUUCUACAAGCAGAAGUGACGGCCCUGAAGACUCUGGUGUUGACCUCCACGCCUGCCUCACCAAACCGCCAGCUCCAUCCACAGUUGCUGUCCACAGGCACCAGGGGGUCGCACAAGGGGGGCCACACUCGCAACAAGAGUGCCAGCGGCGCCUUCCCACCUGCACCCGCAAAGCCAGAUCCGCCAUCUGUCUCCAUACAGCCAGUGGCCCGAGAGGACCGGGAGUUGGACUCCAUUAUGUAUGCAGAAUUUUUGGCGUGGAAAGAAAAUCCAAGCCUCGACCGUUCCUCUGCUUUCCUGAGUCGCAUCUAUAGGGAAGACAUUGGGCCCUGCCUCUCCUUUUCAAGAUCUGAGCUGUCCCAGUCGGUGCGAAGUGCGGUGGAGAAUAACUCUUUGACUAUCGAACCUGUGGCCAUGUCGACGUUGCCCGUGGUUAAAGCUUCGGCAAUAGAAUGCGGAGGCCCGAAUGACUUUAGGGCAGCGAUAGAAACGAAAUGUGCAUUAAGUGGUCUGUCCCGGCUCUGCCACCAUCGCAUUAAACUCGGCGACAAGGGGAGCUACUAUUACAUCUCUCCCUCUAGCCGGGCACGGAUCACCGCUGUGUGCAACUUUUUCACCUAUAUCCGCUAUAUUCAGCAGGGCCUUGUGAGACACGAUGCGGAGCAAAUGUUCUGGGAGGUGUUGCGACUCCGCAAGGAGAUGACGAUGGUCAAGCUAGGCUUCAACAUCACCGACCAGGGAUAGAAGAGGGGACCCGCCGGUCCAAGCAAGCACGCACAACACUAACAAGAACAACAUGCAAAUUCCAGAAACCUGAGACUGUUGAAGUUUAGGUUUUACUGUGGUAACACGCAGAUCCCGGGUCAGUUUUUGUAUUAGAGGAUUGCUUUCUGGGAUUUGCUAACAAUUAACAAGGGAAGCAAAAAUGCCUUUGUGUCACUUUUUGGUAACGUGAUUGGAAAAAAAUACAUUUAUACCAACUUUUCUAGAAUGAAGCAGAAAUAUAGUGGUGCCAACAAAUCUUUUUCAUAUCAAACAGAGCAAGAAGCAAGCUAACCUCACAUCCACUCUGGGGGACUUUUUACUUUUCCGUGGCUUUAUAAUCUCUGAAACCCCCGACCGGAAUAGAUGCAACUUCUCCUAAUAAGAGAUUAGAAAAGAUUCCAUGUACCUUGAGGCAGGCACGAGUCUGAGCCAAUCAAAACACUAGACAUAAGGACACACGCUAUUUUCAGGAUUUCAGGGAGAUUUCUUUUCACAUAAAAGCAUAUUCAUUAGUACCUCCGUUACUCGCCUCAGAAACACUAUAGCCAGACAUUUUCUGCAUGUUUUUUUUUAUUACUAUUUUGACCCACUCAUUGCACUAUGUAUUCUACAUACCUUGUAUGGGUUAUGGGACUAUUCUGAUUAUCCUUAAGCUUGUGUGAUUAGCCAUGUGUUGUCGAUGAAAUAUACUCCAAACCACACUCCCAAAGUAGCAAGAACGCUAACAUGAAGUUGGACUGUGGACCAUCUUUAAUGAUAUAAUUGUAAAAUGAAUGACAUUUGCAACAGUAGUUUUGCACCUCUGCAAUGCACAAUAUGUACAUUUAAGUCUUUUAAAGACUUGGCAUGAAUGCAGCGCGUAGCCACAAUAUGCAAUGCAUAGUCAUUUUACCUCAUAGUAUAGUGUUGAUAUUGGCAAAAUUCAUUGAUAUGUUUUGGCUGGUUAAAAUGAAGGAUAUCAGGUGUUACAAAGUGCAAUAAUUGCUUCUUAUCCUUAUCUAGGACUUAGAGGCGCAAUCUCAAUGUACUGAUUUCUAAAUCUAGCCCCUCUCCCAUGAUAUACACUCCAUUAAAGAAAAGGUGUUAGAGCCUGACCAUUUUACCUUUGU